AUGCGCGUGCGAACAAAGCGAGAAGGCGUUAGCAACAACUUUGGAAGCGCUUAUGUCAACUGUGAAAUCAUCAGUGCCUUCAUCAAGCAAAAAAGGGAGGAAAACUCCUCCUCUGGACUUUGUCCGUCCGCGCACACCGCUGUAGAGUGGAGUAUCCGAGCUGGUUCCCGAACAGCAUUUUUGCUUCACGAGGUUCCCAUAUCCUGUGGACCGUCAUCUCCCGUUGGUAAGGAGUGUGGUGCACCUGAAAACAAUGACAAUUCCGUCGAGAAUGGCGACACCGGGACAUAUAAGUUGGUAAUAGGUGACGAAGUUGUGUCUGCCAUAAUGAGUGCAGACGAUGAGUUGGAUCGGUCCGAUGCUUUGCGUCUCCUUUCGCAAAAGCUUUGUGAAGUCUUUCGCAUACCUGUGGGGAUCACCACGGGCGACAACAGCCACGGUAAUUGCCUGUGGAGUGAGGAGGGUUCGUGUUCAGUGUUGACACCACAAGAAUUACGGGAGCUACCCUCACGCUGGAUAAUGCAGAGCCUAAACGAAGCCACCGUGGCGAGUUCACACCGUAACGGCGUUACACUUCUUGAUUGUGGCGCAACAGUGUGUUUGAAGUCAGAGGUUCUCAAUGACGAGCCAAAACGCGAACUCAGUAGCGAGCCUGUGCGUAAAAGGAACUAUAAACCUGGUAAUGCGCCACAGUAUCGGGUGUGUGACGUCGCUGACAUGGCUAACGGGCAAUAUUGGGUUGAGGUGGAGCCGUUAAUAACUGGUCCAGAAUCAACAGGAUCUGUAGCCCGAAGGCGGUUUGAUCGGGAUGAGUUGCUGUUAAGUCCACCCCAACCCGUAUACUUUGAUCCACUUCUUCCAGUUGAUGAGAUAAAUAAUUCUCGUGGGACGUCGGCAUGUCUUUUUCUUUCGGCAGUGUUAGCAGUUGGUCGGAUACGUUCUGAACGUGCGGCAAUCGGUGAUCUGUCGAUGUGGGACAUGUAUCCGAAAAAUGUUACGUUGCAAAUGGGUUACGCUUCGCGAGAUAUAAGGCGCAAAGUGCACGAACUGUGUGCGGCACGUCGCGACGCUCUCCACGUGGAGGGUGGCACUGAAGGUACAGACGUGAAAAAAGAGGAGUUGGAGUUGCGGUUAGUUACUGACUACGUAACUUUGCGCUACAAGGGGAAAACAAUUGAAGUCCUGCAACGAACGGUGGAACGUCUGUCGUUGCUAUGGGACGCGCGGUUGGCAGUGAGAAGAGUGAGGGGGGCUAGGAGGGCACACGAAUUAUGGCUUGACGCUGUAGAAACACAGGCCGCAUCAGAUUUUUCUGAGAAGAUACACGUUUUCAGCACCGUUGAGCCGUUCUUUAUGCGCCUGUUUACUUUGUUGCUGCGGUAUAGUUCACUGUUCGGUGAUUUAGGUUAUAAUCAAGGGCCGCAUGCCGCUGUUCCACCGGCAAUCAUGCAACAGUUGUGUCAGGUAUUUGAUAUUCAGUGUGAGGCAUUUGCAAGCCCACUCAAUGCUCAGUUGCCGCUAUUUUGCUCCCUGUUCCCCGACACUGAUUACUUUUUUGGGUCACUGGGUUCCUUUUUCGACAUCGCGCUGACAGCAGGACAUUUUGAGGUAAAUCCACCUUUUGUAACUGCGGUGUUACAGCGGCUGGAAAAAUUACUGCUGAAAGACACCCUACCUAUUAACGACAGUGAUGGUGCUGCAUCUAUGUUAUUUGUUGUAGUGCUUCCGUCCCACGACCUAGAUGAAACUGAGAGGAGUGAUGGCCUGGAAGGGGGAGCGCCGGUUGCAGGGAACACCACUCUGAGGCAGAAUAAUAACUGCGAUAGGAAGAGGGGCCGCUUUGAAAACGAUGGGAGAGAUAAAGGUGGCGGAAAUGCUGUAAGCACCGACCGGGCACUACGGGAGAGUCCGUACUGUCUUGCUCACGUUCUUUGUUCUGCCCAUGAGUCCGUGUACGUUGACGGACAUCAGCACAUGCUUCGUGCACCCCUUUUUUGUAUUGGGUCUCCAACACGACUUAUUGUGCUGGGAAAUCGAACGGCCCGCCUUCGUUACAGCGACGCCGCAACGCGGUUACAAUCUGUGCGAGAGGCAUGGCGGGGCUACACCUUGGAGAACAGAGUUGAUAGCCCGUAG